ACUUUUUCAAUACUUCUUUUCUGAUCUGUAACCAUAACAAAUCAUAAUUUGACGUGAGAAUGAUAGUAUAUGACAGAAUAAAUAAUCUUUGCUCUGUAUAACCAACACUUAUUUUAAAUUUGACAGAAAAAGUCCAAGAUCUCUGCAUCUCGCAAGCUGAUGCUUAAGAGUCUUAUGGUAGCUAAAGCAAAGGAUGAGUUAGAGCAGGAGCUGGUAGAUAAAGAGGCAGAGAAGGACAGAUAUCUGGCUGAGAAAGCUCCUCCGCUACAGACGAGUGGCAUGUCUUUUGCUGAGCUUCAGGAGCUGUGUCGGGAACUACACGCUAAGAUCGACGUGGUGGACGAGGAGCGCUAUGAUAUCGAGGCUAAAGUGCUUCACAACACAAGAGAAAUCAAGGACCUGAACAUCAAAGUCCUGGACCUGAGAGGCAAAUUCAAGCGACCCAGCCUGAGGAGAGUCCGAGUCUCCGCUGACGCCAUCCUGCGCUCUCUGCUGGGCUCCAAACACAAGGUGUCCAUGGACCUGAGAGCAAACCUCAAGUCCGUCAAGAAGGAAGACACAGAGAAGGAGAAGACAGUGGAGGUCAGUGACUGGAGGAAAAAUGUGGAGGCCAUGUCUGGAAUGGAAGGAAGGAAGAAAAUGUUUGAUGCUGCACAGUAAACGAGUGAACGCAAUCAACAUCUGCAAACAUGCGAGUGUGUAUAAGUUACAUAUGGAUAACUAAUUAUAAAAUAUACCAAGUGAUUUGUGAGUGUGUAACAUAAAUACGUCAAAUUAAAAACCCUGUGAUGAAGUUGCCAGAAAGGGUUGAACUUCGUGUGAAAAGCAUCAUCAACAUUGUCCUGUAAAUAAAUGGUGUAAUUUGCAGAUAUCAUGAUUUAUCAUUUCAUCUGAAUGUUUUAAAUGGACAAAUGUUUGGUAAGGUAAUGAGUAAAGCUGAGGAGAAAAUGUACUCUUGUAUGUAGCCCUUUCUGCUUCAUAAAAUGAUUCAUCCUGACUAA